AUGAUGUUGUUUCAUCUUGUUGAAUUUCUACUUCUGAUUGAAAGUAUUAAGGGGAUUACAAGUCCAAUUACACCUUACACAAAAUACAACCAUUCAGUUAAACUCAAAACAAAUAUUGCUGAUCUUUGGUGGACAAUAAAUGAAACAAAACAAGAAAUUCUUUUUGAAUUACAUAUUCAUACAACAGGAUGGAUUGCUUUAGGUAAUAAAUUUCUAAUUGAAUCCAUCGAUCAAGAUUUUAUUCAUCAUAUUCUCAUGUAUGAAUGUGAUUUGAUGGUUCAGUUUAAUGAUUCAAAUUUGCCCGAAGGUUUCUGCAAUAAAACCAAAAAUCAGAUUGAACUAUGCAGAUUUAAUGUUGCUGGUGAUUAUAUGAUCGAAUACCCUAGCGAAGCUGGUUAUCCAAUAGGUGGUGAUUUUAAUAUAAAAUAUUACAUGAUUGAAAUUCAUUUUAAUAAUCCAAAUCAAAUAUCAAGUAUACAAUAUAAUUGA